ACGCUCCCAGGAACUCCAGGAGUUGACUCCUCCAGGUGUAGAGUAGAUAACCAACGCAGACGGCACCCCCCGAUGUCAGAGCGAAGAUGCAAGUGUCAAGUGUCAAAAGUGCAAUCAUGGAAAGAUGAAUCUCCGGUCGAGGACCGACAGCCAGUUGAACGUUUUGAAAACGUUUUGAAUUCGCGGAAGAAAACCCAGACGAGACAAGACAGCCAUGGACUUUGGGAUAUCUGUUUCGUGAGGACUUUAUCAUGGCAACAACGGUUCAAAGUAUCACAUGUGGCAACUUUGUGUUUUAUAACAAUUUUGACUCUGCCAAUUUGGCAAGGGUUGAGCCUGUGAUCGCUGCCAACACCUCCAAUCAGGAUGGUUGUGAGACUGAGAGGAAGCCCUGCAAAACCUCUGAGACACUUCCAGAUUACGAGUUCAACGUCUGGACAAAGCACGACUGCCAUGGCACUGAAUUCCAGAAUAACAACAGGACGUGGUUUUACUUCGGGAUUAAAUCAUCAGCCCAGGGGGUGUCUGUCAAGCUCAAUGUUGUCAAUCUCAACAGACAGUCGAAGAUGUUCAGUCAGGGAAUGUGUCCUGUAUUCAAGGUCAUCCCUGGACACCCCCAGUGGGAAAGAAUUCGAGAUAAACCGACUUACACAAUGGACCAGAAAGGCAGUGAAUUCACAAUAUCCUUUACAAUUCGCACAUCAGAGAAUCCCAAAGCCAUAACAUAUGUCGCCUUCACCUAUCCCUUCACCUACACAGACCUUCAACAGUAUUUAAACAGGAUUGACGCCAGGAUGCAAAAGCAGAACUACGGGAAUACAGAUGCUAUUUAUUACCACCGAGAGUGUGCAAUAAAAUCCCUGGAGGGUCGUCGCCUGGACGUCCUGACAAUCAGCUCAUACCAUAAUAUAACGCCUGAGAGGGAGGAGAGGCUCAAGGGAAUGUUCCCUGAUGAAGCUGAGGAGAGAGCGAGAAAAUUUCGAGGGAAAAGAAUUAUAUUUGUCAGUGCCAGAGUGCAUCCUGGUGAGACACCGUCCAGCUUCGUGUUCAAUGGUUUUCUAAAUUUUUUAUUGAAUCGAGACGAUCCCAUUGCCAUGAUCCUGCGACGUAUUUAUGUCUUCAAGCUAGUGCCCAUGCUGAAUCCGGAUGGAGUUGCUAGGGGCCACUACAGAGUGGACACUCGUGGUGUCAAUCUGAAUCGAGUUUAUCUGAAUCCCUCGGCUAUCGAUCAUCCCACAAUUUUCGCUGCCAAGAGCCUCAUCAGUUAUUAUCAUAAUUUUUAUGAGGUCGUAAAUGCAGAGGAGACUGAUGAGGGAGGACAGGAUCAACAGAUCGUGGAAAGAACUGAAGACGUCACUCUCAUGACUCUAGACGACAAGGAAAAAAUCCUGGAGACCGAGCCUACCAGUGGAGGCUCUGGAAACGACGAAAUAAUAAAAUCUAGUACUAAAAAUAUUCCUGAGGGAGAUAAACCAGUGCCAAGGGGCUCAGAGGACUCUGGAAUCUUCCUGUACAUUGAUCUUCAUGGACACGCCUCGAAAAAAGGAGUCUUCAUGUAUGGAAACUAUUUUGAUGAUGCUGAUGACACGAUAAUGUGUAUGCUCCUGCCCAAAUUGAUGUCCAUAAAUAAUCCUAAUUUUCAUUUCACUUCCUGCAAUUUUGCCGAGCGAAACAUGUAUCUCAUAGAUAAGAGGGAUGGAAUGUCUAGAGAAGGCUCAGGACGAGUGGCUGUUUACAAAUUAACAGGAUUAAUUCGUAGUUACACACUGGAGUGCAAUUACAAUUCUGGAAGACUGGUGAACACGGUUCCAGCGAGGGUUAGGGAUGGAACUGGCAAGCUCCAGGGACACAUGUUCGUCCCUCCAAAAUAUACACCAACAGUCUUUGAAGAGGUGGGUUCUGCACUUGGUCCUUCCAUUCUCGACCUGACAAACAGCAAUCCGAACAGUCGUUUACCCAAUAGUCAGUAUCGUUCCCUCAGGGGUGUCAAAUCAUACUUGAAACUUACAUACAUCAACUCCCUUGCUGGCACCAUUCACAGACCACGACUGAAGCCACUGGCAUCCCACGAUAAUAUUGGACCAGUGAAGGAGUCACCCUGUCUAGAUGACAUUGUUGCCUCCAUGAACACUCCAAACGAUCCAAAUACCAGUCAGAAGAGCGAAACAAGUUGCACAUCGAAGUCUAGGGUAGUGAGACGUACAGCAUCUCUGUACACAGCAGUGAAACGAAUAAAGAGUGGCAAGAGGAGUUCACGUCAGCUUUCCACAAAUCGUAAGUCUCUGAAGAAUCAACGUUUGAGUAAUUCUGAAAAUGGCCAGGUGGUUUCUAAAAUCAGAUCUUCACGACGGGGCAUAAAGAGUCUCAAGGUGAUUCAUAAAAUCGUGGGGAAAAAGACGAGUCAGAUUGUCGAGCAGACUGGGGUCGUCAAGCAGGGAACCAAGAGACUCAAGAUCGUCCAGAGGAUCGUCAAGACCCGGCCCGAGGUUGGGGAGUCUUCAAAGUCAGUGGGGGAUGAGGACAAGAACAUGUCCAAGGGAAAUUUCGUUGAGAGAGUCCGGAAGGGGGUGAAAGCCACACAGAGAAGCUCUUCCAAGGCCAGUGCGAAGAACUAAAUCUUUUUUAAGCUUGCGGCUUGCUCGCAAUUUUUUUUUUUUGAGUGACUCCGGAGAGAUUUCGAUAUUUAUCCAGGAGGGAAAUCUCAUUUUCGAAUUUUCUAGUAGUCCUCUAGGGAAAUUUAUCGAGUGAAAAAUUUUCUAAGUGAGUAUACUGUGAUACCUUCAUUCUCCAACGCCCAUUUAGUGAUUCAUUGUUAUGUUUGAUUGCAAUCCUCUUCACAUAGUCUAUUUGCUAAUUAAAUUCAUAAAUUUAAUUUAUGAGAAGAAUCUAGAAAAAUGGAAAAUUCUCUGUUUUUCACUUUCUUCUGAUUACGGAUUGAAAGGGAGUAAAUGUUCUAGUGAAUCUAGAUUAGAGAAAUUCUUCGAUGAAUUUCGAUCACCUUUUUUAACAAUAAAAAAUAAUAAUAAAUAAAUACAAAGCCAAUGCACAGGAAUUGAUACUUUCCAUGAACAACUGACAUAUUAAAUUAUCUCGUAAUUUUGGAAAGUUAAUUUUUCAUGAGUAAUGAAAAUUGUAAGAACUGCUGUACCAAUCCCUCCAUUAAACCA